ACGCAUGCCAGGUCACGUUGACGAUGGGCCGCAAUACGAGCGUAGGGAUAGAUGCUUGCCAAUGGUUCUUAAUACAUCAAUAUCAAUGGCGCCAACCUUAUAAGAAACCGUACCACUCAAGCGGGACUGGAGUGCAACGCAAGCAAUACAAUUAGAGCAUCGUCAUCGAGUGACUUUUGGUUACGAUUAGUGCAUAAUAGCAUAUGCCACACGACACACUCGACAGCCUGAGUGUUCUGAAUCGGGCAGAGCUAAAAUGAGCCAAUUUGUCAAACCCCACACAUCCAAUCAUCCCAUCAUGCCGUAUAACCCGACGCUCUUCACGGCGCCCUCAGCCCUUCUCGCAGUCUCAGAUACGCGCAUCCACAUUACCCCAUGCAACCUCACCUUGUCGCCUCCGAGUCGGCGACCUCUCACUGGCGUUCGUUCAUCACCAUAGAAGGCCACAGUAUAUUCCUGAUGAGCCUAGCAAAUAGAAGCAAUGUUUAGUCAACAGGACGGGAUACGGUAUCCCAGCAAUUGAGUAGCUAACCUAUGAUACCGACGGUAGUAUGUCUAAAUACUAUGUUUAUUUGACAUCCCCAAGUUCCUUCCAACGUGCAAUUCAACAGGCGCGAUCUUGGGGCGAGACGUGUAUUACAUAAGGUUCGGCUUCUCCCGGUCCCAACCUUUUGCAGUCCUUCUCACUAGCACACUGCGGCUCAUUCAAGUCCAAUCCAAUACCCUCACCAUGUCGACAUCGUCCGGACUCCCACCUGUACGAGCAAAUGGCGUUUUCGCCCUUUCCGCCAACAUCAUCAUCGACGCACCAAGAGAAAAAGUAUGGGAGGUCCUCAUGGACUGGAAGUCGUAUCGUGAAUGGAAUGCUUUCGUCCGCAACCAACAACUGACAGACGCGCGCAAGAACCCCCUCGCGGACCAAACGCCUUCCGUAGGCUCAUACCUCCUCAUCUCGCCUGUUCACAUCCCUCCCACCAUGUCAGACAAGUGGCUUCCCUCCUCGGCGUUUGAACGUAUCACGGCUCUCGAUCGUGACAACUUUCGUGUGGCUUGGGAGAAUAUUGAGAUGCCGCGGUGGUUGUUGAAUGCGGAGAGGUGGCAGGCGUUGUCAGAGGUGGAGGGUGAGCCUGGUAAGACGCGGUAUGAAACGAUUGAGGUGUUUGGGGGCGUGGUGGCGUAUAUCGUGAAAGUACUCUUUCGCAAGGGAUUGAAUGAAGGUUUCGCCGCUAUGGCAGAAGGUCUGAAGAGAAGAUCAGAGGAAAGGCAGUGAUGUGAAUGCAGAACAGAAAAUGCACCAGCGCUUGGUAAUUACCCUUGAUUCCUAGUCAUCACAGCUACUUCGUAUCUAUAUGUAUUUCCUUGGCGACUUCGGAAUGCAAUGCGUUUUACAUU